AUGACCAGGGCGGACGAGGAGGUGUGUAAGGAGAAGUGCAAGGAGCUGUAUGAGGCCGGCCUGAUACGGCGCUCCACGUCGGAGUAUGCCGCAGCAACAGUGGUCGCCGCACGAAAGGACGCAACGGGGGAGAUCCUCUCCAGGCGCAUGUGCGGGGAUUUCCGAGACCUGAACAAGAUCACGAAGGCAAAUCGGUACCCCAUGCCAACGCCAGAAGAAAUAUUCGAUAAACUGGUGGGCGCAACCGUGUUCAGCACGCUGGACCUGAGGCAAGGCUUCAACCAGAUCCAGAUCCGGGAAGAAGAUCGUGCCAAGACGGAGUUUCACGGAGUGGAUGGGCUCUGGGAAUGGAACGGGAUGCCGUUUGGAAUGCGGAAUUCCUCCGCGAUCUUCCAACAAGCGAUGGAUACCAUCCUGAGGGGAAUCGACUGCGCGGCCUGCUAUAUCGAUGACGUCGUCAUCUUCAGCAAAGACGCAGCAUCGCACGUGGCGGACGUGGAGAGAGUGCUGGGGGCGAUCAUGAACGCGGGGCUGACCUGUCACCCGAACAAGUGUGAGUUCGGGGAGGAAACCGUGAAGUACCUGGGCUUCGAGGUCUCCGACGGGACGCUGUCCAUCCAGGAGGCCAAGGUGGCGGUGUUGGACAAAGUGGCAGUACCGACGGACCGCAGCAGGCUGAGGGCGAUACUGGGGUUUCUCAACUACUACCGGCGGUUCGUGCCAAAUUUCAGCAAGAGGGCCAGCCUGCUGAAUCAGCUCCUGAAGGAGAGCAAUGCGUGGAAAUGGGGAGAGCAGGAGGAUGCGGCGCUGCAGGACCUGCUCGGGGCUGUCAAGACGGGGCCAGUGCUGGUCCUGCCCAGGAGAGAUCAGCCAUUUGUCCUCUACACGGACUGGAGCAGCUUGGGCAUGGGAGCCGUGCUGUGCCAAGAGACGGAACGGGGAGAGAGGGUCGUGGCAUUCGCCAGCAGGAGCUGCAGCCCCACCGAGGCCAACUACAGCUCCUACGAAGGCGAAGGGCCGGCCGCGGUUUGGGCCGUGGACCAUUUCCGAGUAUAUCUACAUGGCAGCCCAUUCACUCUGGUGACCGACCAUCAGCCCCUGACGUGGCUGAUGACAAACCAUACGCUCACCGGAAGAAAUGCGAGGUGGGCAAUGCGGCUGCAAGAGUACGAGUUCAAGAUACGGCAUCGACCGGGGAAGACACUCCAGCACAUGGACGGGCUCUCAAGGAACCCGCCGCCACCUGAAGAAGGCUCGCCAUCAGCCUGCCUCGUGGCGCUGGCCAGCGGACUGCGAGAGACGGAAGAGACGAAGCACCGAGGCAAGGGGCCGGAGGAUGUCUGGGAGGACGCAACGGUGCUGCAGUGGGUCAAAGGAGAGACAGAGGCGGAGGAGGACGUGGGCGAGAGAGCGCGGGCGCGAGGCAGGCACUAUCGGUGGUACCAGAAUCAACUGCAGGUGACCACCAAGGACGGAUGGAAGCUGGUGCCAGCGCCAGAACAGAGGCGGGCACUGAUCGAGAAAGUGCAUGGCCAGCUGGGGCACUACGGGCAUGUGCGGACAGCGCAGCUGCUCACCACAGGGUGGUGGUGGGCCGGGCUACAGCGAGACGUGAAAGAGGUAGUGGCAGACUGUGAGCUGUGCAGCCGGAACAAGGCGAACCUGGAGAGAGAGCAGCAGGAACUGCAGUCACUGCCCAUCCGCGGGCUGGGAUAUCAGUGGUCUCUUGACCUGGCUGGGGAAUUGCCGCUGAGUCGCAAGAACAAGCGGUACGUGCUAGUGAUGAUCGAGCACGUAUCUAAGUGGGUGGAGGUGCGGGCGCUCAGCAGCAAAAGCUCAGAACUGGUUGCCGAGGCAUUCACAGACCAGGUGCUCACGCGCUUCGGGGCGUGCGGGGAGGUCCUGACAGACCAGGGCACGGAAUUCAAAGGGGCAUUUGAUCAGCUGCUGAAUAGAGUGGGCAUCACGCACCGACGGACGUCAAGGUACCACCCGCAGGCUGACGGGUUAACAGAACGGAUGGUGCAGACGGUCAAGAAGGGAUUACGCGCCCAUGGAGAAGGGCACAAGAGGGAUUGGGACCAGGAGCUGCACUGGGUCGUAGCAGGGUAUCGGUUCAGUAAGCAAGCUGCGCUACGGGACUACUCGCCAUACUACCUGCUGUACGGGAAGGAGCUGCUGCUGCCUGUGGGAGCUCCUAAGCAAAGGCUUCUGCAGACAGGGAAGGGAAAGGGGAAGCCGGUGGAGAGCGGUACCGAAGUGUACAUCCGGAAGACGAGGAAAGACACACUGGACAUAGGGCUAUCAGCCGAACGCUGGGUGGUGAAGGAGGUGAAGCCCUCAGGGGUGCUGGUGCUGGAGUCGGAGGAGGGCGAGCAGCGUGAUGAUCACGUGACAAAUGUGGCGCGAGCGACAGGGAGCAAGAUGCAAGGUGUUCCUCACGACCAGCAGCAGGAGCCAGGCAGGUCCCGGAAGGGGGCAAGUGGGUAA